ACCAAACCAAACAUCACUUCAGUUUUAAUAUAAGCACUUUACUUGUUUAGUUUCUCUCUCUCUCUCUCUCUUUCUCAACAAUAUAUCCAAAAAAAAACUUCUUUCUUUUUAAACUGUGAUCACAGAGGUCAUCCAUAAUCCACACAUUCAAAUGAUCAUGAAGCACAAGGCGUGGAAGAUGAUGUUAAUCAUAACUAUAAUAAGCUUUUCUUAUCUUCUUACCUUAUCUUCAGCUACUCCUACUUCAAGACUAGGAAGGCUGAUGGAGAACUCAUAUAAGGGAAAAUCAUUGUUUCACGAGUACUUGAAACCCACCCAACCCACCCAUGAGUACUUGGUGUUUGAUUUGCAGGUAUUGAAAGUAGAAGUGAAUAUGGAAAUUGAAGAAGAAUUUAUUGAGGGAAGAAUGGACUUUGAAAAGAAUGAUUAUUCAGGUGUUGGAGCCAACCCAGAGCACGACCCCAAACCCCCUGCUGGAAAUGUAUAAAUUUUUCUUUUUCACUACAAUAUUGUGUUUAAUUAUACAUAUAUAUAUAUACAUAUAUAUAUGAUAAUUUUAGCUUCGUGUGUUUUUUUUCUUUGUUAUUAGCUUUGGAACACCAAAUCUAAAUGCAAAAAUUAGAGACGUUUGCUUGAUAUAUAAAUAUAUAUAUAUAUAUAUUAGUUAAUGAAAGUUGGAAGUUUCAUUGUUUAUAUAUAUA